AUGGUUAAUCAUCUAAAGAAACAACAAAAGUCGAAAGAAGCCUCUAAGAAAAUUGCGGAUGUGCCAGUAGUCCUCUUUAUAUCCUCUAAUGUUGAAGACAGGGGAAGAUCCCCAAUGAAGAAGUUGGAGACAUUUCAUUGCACUCUGGGCGAUCGCUUUGGGCGAGAUCGUGAGUUCUAUUCAACUACCAAAGAUGAGGAUGGUAUGACGCCGCUUCAUUACGCAGCACGGUUAUUGCCAACGGGUUCCAUUUCAUGGGUGGAACAUGAGGAGGAGCGGCAGAAAUGGAACUUGCUUCUAAAAGGCUUUAAUCAGGAUGACCUGAACGUGCAGGAUGAAGAUGGUCGUACCCCACUCUCUCAUGCGGCAGAGGUUGGAAGCGCAUGGGUUGUGGAUAAGCUGAUCAAAACUGGAGCUGAUCUCUACCAAUGCGACCAAAACGGACGAUCGCCCUUAUCUUGGGCAGCGCAAUCCGGAGAAAGAGAAUCGAUGGAGAUACUGAGUUGGAAUGCCGGUGUCUUUGAUGACAAGGACAACCGAGGCUGGACGCCCUGUCAUUAUUUUCUACAACGGGAGCCUGAAAGCCAUUCCCAAGAGGUCGGACACCUUGCCUGGCGCAAGGUGUUCUCGAGUAUUAGCGUGUCGACGCGAGUGGCAGCCGACUAUAUCAGCACGUCCUUGUUAUCUACGCCUACUGCUUGUGGCCUCACUUUGCUGUCGCGUGCUGUCCAGCUUGAUAGAAUUCUGAUCGCCGCAAUACUCCUCACCAUCGAGGAUAUCGACAUAGGCGUGCCAGACGGGGAUGGUAAAACGCCACUCUGGAGAGCAAUAGAAGCCGGAAAUCGCGAAAUCACCGAGUUACUAUGGAAUUAUGAUGAUAAUGGGUUGUAA